CGGGGGGCCGGAUCCCGCUCUAGAUGGGAUAAGCUGUAAAGAUGUUUAGCUUUGAAGGGGAUUUCAAAACAAGGCCCAAGGUGUCCCUCGGAGGAGCGAGUAGGAAGGAAGAAAAGGCUUCUCUCCUGCAUCGUACUCAGGAAGAGAGGAGAAAACGAGAGGAAGAAAGGCGGAGGCUGAAAAAUGCAAUAAUAAUCCAGUCAUUUGUAAGAGGGUACAGAGACAGAAAACAUCAAUACUCUAUCCAAAGAAGUGAAUUUGAUCGCUGUGCUAAUUUGGCCCAGUCUGGAGGAACCUUUUCCACUGCUAAUGGAGCUAAUUUGACCCUUUUAGUUCGUCAGUUACUCUUUUUCUAUAGACAGAAUGAGGAUUCUAAGCGUUUGGUCUGGAUGUGUCAGAAUUUAAUUAAACAGAGUUCUCAGUUUGUCAAGCAAUUGGAUGGUCCGGACAGACUUACUUGCUUAUUCCAAAUAAAAAGACUGUUGGGGCUGUGUUGCAGAUUAUUGCAAAAUUGCAAAGAUGACAGUCUGAAUGUUGCACUUCCUAUGAGAAUGCUUGAGGUAUUUUCAUCUGAGAAUACAUAUUUGCCUGUUUUACAAGAUGUCAGCUAUGUGACAUCAUUAAUUGAACAAAUUUUGCACUACAUGAUUCAAAAAGGCUACUACAAGUCGCUUUAUUUGUUAAUUAACAAUAAGCUUCCCUCGAGUAUUGAGUAUUCUGAUGUUUUUCGAGUCCCUAUUGCAAAAAUACUUCUGGAGAAUGUUCUGAAGCCAUUGCACUUUACAUAUAGCUCCUGUCCAGAAGGUGCAAGGCAGCAGAUCUUUGCAGCCUUCACAGAGGAGUUUCUGGCAGCACCUUUUACAGAUCAGAUAUUCCAUUUCAUCAUUCCAGCGCUUGCUGAUGUGCAGACCAUUUUCCCUUAUGAACUCUUUCUGAAUGCACUAUUAUUAGCAGAAAGUGGAUGUUCAAGAAGAAGUGAUCAAGCCCCAUGGCUCUUUUACUUUGUGUUAACAGUUGGAGAAACAUAUUUGGGAUCCCUUUCAGAGGAAGGACUUCUUGUGUUUUUGAGGGUACUCCAAACUUUUCUCUCUCAGCUGCCUGUGUCUACCGCUGGUACAAACUGUCAAGAUGCAAACAGUGAUUCUGAAGAUGAGGAUGAAGAGAUCAGUAAAAUGACAACUACGCCAGGUGAUGGGAGAAUAUCAGUUCAGUACAUAACUGAGGAGUGUCUUAAGAAAUUGGAUACUAAACAACAGACAAACACUCUACUGAAUAUGGUUUGGAGAGAUUCAGCUAGUGAAGAGGUCUUUACCCUGAUGGCAUCCAUCUGCCACACGCUAAUGGUACAACACCGAAUGAUGGUGCCAAAAGUCAGGCUUCUUUAUAGUUUAGCCUUCAAUGCCAGAUUCCUGAGGCAUCUUUGGUAUCUGAUAUCUUCAAUGACUACACGAAUGAUUACAGGCUCUAUGGUGCCACUUCUUCAGGUGAUUUCAAGAGGCUCUCCGAUGUCUUUAGAAGACUCCAGUCGAAUUAUCCCUCUCUUCUACCUUUUUAGUUCUUUGUUUAGUCAUUCACUUAUUUCUAUUCAUGAUAAUGAAUUCUUCGGUGAUCCAAUAGAAGUUGUAGGUCAAAGACAAUCAUCAAUGAUGCCUUUUACACUAGAAGAGCUUGUAAUAUUAUCACGCUGCCUUCGAGAUGCAUGUUUAGGAAUCAUAAAGUUGGCUUACCCAGAAACAAAACCAGAGGUUCGUGAGGAAUAUAUUGCAGCAUUUAGAAGUGUUGGAGUAACAAAAAAUACAGAAAUGCAGCAAUGUAUACAGACGGAACAAAAAAGGUGGAUUCAGUUAUUCAAG